UGGAUCAGAUGGAUCAAAAUUCAUUUGUUGGGAGUGCAUGAUGAAACACUCGAAUAACCAGGCGGACCAAAAUGCAUGUGUGUUAGUCCAUUCUAACAACCAGUUGUAGCCUUGUACUAGGUGAUAAUAACGAUUACAGCCAGAUAAAAAGAGUCUCGAUCGGGCGCUCUGUCUCACUCUCGUGUUCUCCGCUAGACCUGGUCUCAUGGCAGCUCUCAGGGCUCAGGCAAGGACACAGAUGCAAGCUUCCAAGUGCAGGAUCCGUGCAGUCAUGCGCCGUCACUUCCCUCUCCCGCUCUCCGCAAAAUGGUGUCUACGUUCUCCCGGCAGCUGGCUCUCUCCACACCAGUUUACAACCACCAGCAGGCCUGUCCCUGAGGGCGUGCAGCCUGGGUGAUGGCGCAAGCGCAACCACUAGUUUGAUUGUUUCGUUGGCCCACUAGCAUUGCCCCACUAGCGAGCCUACUAAAAAAAAUGAUUUUCCGGCCGGCCGCACGGCCUGGCAAUCUGUGAUCUUCACGGGACGGCCCUGCCACCAGCUGCUCAUUUCCAUUGCCAAUCUGCUAGUAUCGGUGAACCUGCCUCGUCAUCCACGAUCCCAAAAAAAAAAGAAAAAAAAAUGGCUAUCCGGAGCUUUGCAACAUCACUCCUCGCCGCCGCUUACUUCGCCAUCGUGCAGCAUGUGGCCUCGGUUACACCGGCAGCUGCUGCUCCGUCGCCUGAUACCGCGUCCUUCCUCCACUGCCUCGCCGUCCACCUCCCUCCGCGAGCCGUCUACACGAACGCGUCCCGGUCGUUGUACACGCUCGCCCUCGAGUCCUCCAUCAGGAACCUGCUGUUCGUGACGCCGGCGACCCCGACGCCGAUCGCCAUCGUCGCGGCGAGAAGCGCCUCCCACGUCCAGUCCGCCGUGCGCUGUGGCGUCCGCCACGGUGUCAGCGUGCGCCCGCGCAGCGGCGGCCAUGACUACGAGGGUCUGUCCUACCGCGCCCUCCGCGCGGCGGGGCGCCCCUUCGCCGUCGUUGACCUGGCCUUGCUCCGCGCCGUCAGCGUCGACGUGUGGAACGAGACGGCGUGGGUCGGGUCGGGCGCCACGCUCGGCGAGCUCUACUACGCCAUCGCGAACCACACCGCGCGCCUCGGUUUCCCCGGCGGUCUUGGCCCGACGGUGGGCGUCGGAGGUCACCUCAGCGGCGGCGGCUUCGGGCUGCUGCUGCGGAAGCACGGCCUCGCCGCGGACCAUGUCGUCGACGCCGUAAUCGUGGACGCCAUGGGGAGGCUCCUGGACAGGGCUGCCAUGGGUGAGGACCUCUUCUGGGCGAUACGAGGCGGCGGCGGCGGGAGCUUCGGCGUCGUGCUGUCAUGGAAGCUGCGCCUGGUGCGCGUGCCGCCGGUCGUCACAGUGUUCACCAUCCACCGGCCACGGAACCAGUCCGCCACCGCUCUCCUCACCAGGUGGCAACACGUGGCGCCGGCGCUGCCCCGCGACGUCUUCCUCCGCGUCGUCUUGCAGAACCAGGACGCGCAGUUCGAGUCCCUGUACCUCGGCGCGUGCGCCGGGCUCGUCGCCACCAUGGCCCGGAGCUUCCCGGAGCUCGGCAUGAAGGCGCAGGACUGCAUCGAGAUGACAUGGAUCCAGGCCGUCCUCUACUUCGCGUUCUACGGCACGGGGAAGCCGAUGGAGCAGCUCCUGGACCGGGGAACCAAGCCGGACCGCUACUUCAAGGCCAAGUCCGACUACGUUACGGAGCCCAUGGCGAGCCACGUGUGGGAGAGGACGUGGAGCUGGUUGCUCAGGGACGGCGCCGGGCUGCUGAUCCUGGACCCCUACGGCGGCAGGAUGCGCAGCGUCGCGCCGUCGGCGACGCCGUUCCCGCACCGGCGGGAGCUCUACAACCUCCAGUACUACGGGUACUGGUUCGAGAACGGGACAGAGGCGAAGGAGAAGCAUGUGGGCUGGAUCAGGGGGCUGCACCGGGAGAUGGAGCCGUAUGUGAGCAAGAACCCCAGGGGCGCCUACGUGAACUACAGGGACCUGGACCUCGGUGUCAACGAUGACGACGGCCAUGGCGGCGUGACUAGCUAUGGGAAGGCGAGGGUUUGGGGGGAGACGUACUUCAAGGCCAACUUCGAGAGGCUUGCCGCGGUGAAGGCGAAGGUGGAUCCCCAUGACUUCUUCAGGCACGAGCAGAGCAUCCCUCCACUUGUGUCCACGCUCAGAAACUUGUGACUUGUUAGAAACAUAACAUAUUCCUAGUUAGAAAAGCUGAUUUAAACAGUGUUCGAAAGAACGUGUUAUAUAUAUGGGGCAGUGACUUUGGCACCAGGUGCAUGCGUGGAUUUGAGCCACAGCGUGUUUGGUUUAUUAGAUUGAAGUGAUCCGAAAUCAUACAA